GACAUGAGCUCUCUUCACACCCUGCAGCAGCUUGUAUUGCUUCCUGGUCAUAUGCAGUCAGUUCCUCAGUUUCUUCUGUCUCAGUCUCAGGCUGGACAACAAGCUUUGCAGCCAAACCUCCUCUCCUUCCCACAGCAACAGGGCAGCCUUCUCCUCUCCCAGCCAGGACCCAGCCUGGCAUCACAGGCUGUGGGUCGUUCUGGACUCCCUGGCUCAUCAGUUGAACCCCACCUGGAUGUGCCUCAGCAUUUGCAAGUGGCAAAGCACUUAACUCCCUCAGGAGCUUCUGAGGAACCGAGUGACCUGGAGGAGCUGGAAAAGUUUGCAAAGACUUUCAAACAAAGGCGAAUCAAAUUGGGGUUCACACAGGGUGACGUUGGACUUGCCAUGGGGAAGCUCUAUGGCAAUGAUUUCAGCCAGACCACCAUCUCCCGCUUCGAGGCUCUCAACCUGAGCUUUAAGAACAUGUGCAAGCUCAAACCCCUGCUGGAGAAGUGGUUGAGUGAUGCAGAAUCUGCUCCUUUGGAUUCUUCCAUGAGCACUCCCAACUCCUACCCCUCAGUGAAUGAGAUGUUUGGACGGAAAAGAAAGAAGCGAACCAGUAUUGAGACCAACAUCCGCUCCACACUAGAGAAAAGAUUUCAAGAUAACCCCAAGCCCAGUUCAGAGGAGAUAUCCUUGAUAGCAGAGCAGCUCUCCAUGGAGAAGGAGGUGGUUCGGGUCUGGUUCUGCAACCGGCGCCAGAAAGAAAAGAGGAUCAGCUGCCCGAUGCCAUCCCCCAUCAAAUCACCUAUCUACAAUUCCAGACUGGUCUCUACCUCAGGGUCCUUGGGGCCCCUCUCCGUCAAUCCGGUGCACAGCACCAUGCCUGGGACUGUAACAUCAUCGUGUUCCCCAGGGAACUCCAGCAGGCCCUCGUCCCCUGGCAGUGCCCUCCAUGCCAGCAGCCCUGGCACAGCCCAGAGCAACUCCAAAGCUGCAAUGAACUCAUCCGGUUUCAACUCUUCAGGAUCCUGGUACCGAUGGAAUCAACCUACCUACCUCCACUGA